CAACAUGUCCUAUUUGAGGCGUUUAAAGGGUUUUAUUGAAAAGGAUUAUUUCGAUUUCGAGAGGCCCGACAUCAAUUUAUACAAUUUCCAUCCACAACUACGUAUUUUACUUAUUGUAAAUGGUAUAUUUUUUAAUAACCGCAACUCUCGUAUCAGAUUAAUUUGGCCUGGAGGAUCUAUUUUGUUAUGCAUGCUAGCUGUUUGUUUGGAAUCGAUGUUCAUAUAUCAUGGCCUCACUACUAAAGACUACUCAUUCGCAACAGAAUGCUUCUGUUGUUUUGUCCUGCUGGGGACGAUGCCUGUAGUCAGUUUAAGUGUGCUCAAAAACAAAGAUAAUAUCUUAGACUUGAUCGAAAAUAUGAAUGAAAAUUUCAUUUAUAUACGCCGUUUAGAAAGCAAAUAUCGUAACUCAUUCUUAGAAGGGCAACUAAUCAUUUGGAAAUUUUACAAUGCGUGGUUAAUAUUUUGUUGUAUCGUGUGCGGUACUUUUUUCAUGUUCCCAGUUUUUGUUCUAAUGUACCAGAGUCUAUUUCCUUCACUGGACGAGGAUACGACUAGGCCACUAGUGUUUCCGAUAUGGUUGCCCAAAUUGGACGGUUAUAGUACACCCAUUUAUGAAAUAUUUUUAAUUUUGGAAAUUAAUUAUUGCUUGAUAUUCCUUCAAACGUUUUGUGUUUACAUCUACACAUUGUUUCACAUACUUUUGCAUUUUUAUUACAUACUCCACAUGAUUAAAUUUGAUUUAGAAGCGAUAUUUGACGAUAUUAACGAAUCCGUUGCCCUAUUACCGCACCGUGAUACUCGUAGGAUUGAAGUUCAGAAAAUCCUAAAUGGAAGGAUGAAGAGGAUCGUAACGUGGCACAUAUCUGUGUUCAAAGCAGUCGAAGCAGUGUCUUCUAUUUAUGGUCCGCCUUUGGCUUAUCAAGUAAUGUUCACUUCUAUUGCAAUUUGUCUAAUUGCCAUCCAAAUUACACAGAAAUUAGAAAACGGCAUCUUGGAUAUAAGGUUUACAAUGUUAGGAGUUGCUGCGUGCCUGCAAAUGUGGAUACCUUGUUAUCUUGGGACUCUGUUAAGGAAUAAGGCGUUUGGAGUCGGCGAAGCAUGUUGGAACAGUGGCUGGCACCAGACUCCACUAGGCAGGAUGAUCCGACAGGAUAUUAUCAUAGUCUUGCUCAGAGCCCAGCAACCAGUCACUAUAAAAUUCCCUGGACUGCAAAGUAUUCAACUAGAAACAUUUUCUUCGAUUAUGACCACAUCAUACUCGUACUUCAAUAUGUUGAGACAGUAUAGUUGACGAGUUUAAAAAAAAUCAUUAUAAUGAAAAUAUUAAUUCACAGUAAAUGUUUCAAGCACAUAACCCAUUGCGUUUCUCUCUGGAUCUUCUCAGUGGGUUGUGAUAUCGAUCUAGAGGUAGAUUCAGCAAAGCACUGCUUUUGUUAAUGAAGAUGUUAGAAGAUUCUUUCCGGCAGAGGGUUUGCCCACAAGUUAUGGUGAAGCCAGAAUAGCCUAUCAAGGCUACUGGCAGAUAGGUAGAAAAAAAAACAACCACAUUCAGUAGCUAUUAUACAAUAGUAUCUUUUAAGCACUAUACCACACUUUAGUUUUCUUAAAUGAUAAAUAAUGUUUACA